AUGUCCAACGACUUCCAGCUAUUCACUUCUCUUCGGUAUGACCCAGGGCUGAUAGGAGUGCCCAAAAGGCGCCUGGCUAAUGCGGGGUGGAACGCCAAAAUGACCUCACCAUUCUACAUGCUGGACCUCCACCGGGAUCGGAUGCUGCGAGCUGCCACUCACUGGAACUGGACCCCUGCCAUCGAAACCAUCUCGGGCUCGGCCGGCCUCCAAAGGCUGACUGAAGCGAUUGAGUCUUUCUUAGCCCAGCAUGGAAAGGACACUCCUCUCAGAGUCAAGGUUCUACUGAGCUCGGAAGGAAACCUCAGCUGCGAAGCAUCAACCGUACCCGCGGUGCCUUUGGAGAACCUUUUCCCGGAACGGCUUCCACCUCCAGGAAGCUCUAAGCAGGCUGGAGUCCCGUCUGAAGAAUCACCCAUGGAGGUAGUGAUUGACAAAACGGGGACACCGCAAUCAGAGUACACCCACUACAAGACUACAAAACGAGCCAUGUACGACACCGCACGAGACCGUGAGAGAAUCGCCCCAGCAGACCGUAAGGAAGUCCUCCUUGUCAACUCGAAAGAUGGCAACAUCAUGGAGGGUAGCUUAACCACUCCGUUCUUUUGGAGAAACGGCAGGUGGGUCACCCCGCCAGUGUCUGCCAAGUAUAGCCCGGAUAAUGGCAGCGGCGGGCAAGACGGGACCACCCGCAGAUGGGCACUCGAACGUGGUCUGGCCGUUGAAGAGGAGGUCAAGGCUGACAGUGUUGUGAACGGAGAGCCAUGCUGGAUCAGCAAUGGUGUCCGCGGCUUUACCUUUGGGAAGCUGCGGCUCAACUCUGCCCAAGAGGGUUGA